AUGAAACUGAGUCCCAUUAUCCUGUCGUGGGCCACGGCGAGUUGGCUCGGCCCAACCGGAACUACGGGGAUACGGGUGCAGCCGUCGAAGGACUACGAGUUGUCCACGGAAUUCUUCCUGGUCCCGGGCGACACGGGGAUCGACAGGAACGGUCUGGCGAGCGUGGCCAGUGUCAUCAGCGUCCCGGCGCCGAACAGGACCGUUUCGGUGUUCAGGCCCCAACCACCGCCGCAACCGCCGCCACAACCAUCGCUGCCGCCGCCGUCACCGCCGGCACAGCCGGCUGGAAAAAAGAGCCCGGAGAUCGAGGCCGAUACUCAACCGUACCCGGCGAGGUCCUUGCUCAGACAACGACCCUGGGCUCUUCCUCUGGCGGCCCUUAGCGCGGCCACGAUGCUCCUCAUGGCUGGCUUCGAGGUUUUCGUACUGCUCAAGGCCAGAGUGACCGCGCCGAAUAGACGACAUUUAUUUCUGGGACAAGCCCUUCUUCUAGGCCUCUUCCUCUUGGCCGGACUCUCAGCAGCAGCCUCCCUAAGUCAAAAUCCGCUAUCCUGUGCUGCAUUUCGACUAGUCGGUCUACCCGCUGCUCUUGUGUUUGCUGCCCUUUUGGUUAAAUGCGUCUUUUUACUUUCACUGAAUAGCGGCAUCUACCUGCCGGCACCGUAUCAGGCAUUAGUAUUGGGAUUCGCCGUCCUGGUGCAGGUAGCUAUCGUUGGGCAAUGGUUUUACGGUCAUCCGCCAGCCGUGGUCCAGGUACUGGCCACAGGACACAGCUCCCCAACAUCCUGUUGCAAAACUCCCCUCGGGCAGAUUGUGGCCUCCCUCGGGUAUCCCGGUGCAUUACUCGUGGCAGUCGCUUGUUUGGCAGUCAGGGCACGAGGCGUCAGAGACAACAACCGGGAAGCGGCGUUUAUCGGUCUCGCUGUCGGUUUAUCGCUUCCGAUUUGGAUAUCGAGCGCGAUCGGCUCGGUGGCCGCUUCCUCGGAGAGCGACAGAGAGGCCUGGUUGGCUUAUGGUUUAUUAACCACUUCUCUCCUCGUGUUCUUGACGAUGUUCCUGCCGAAGGGCCGGCAAUUGGCCGCGCUUGGCCGCGAAGCUCCUGAUACGGUGAUCCGUGAUCGCGACGACGGACUGAGCUCGCUUCCCUGCAGCGGCUACUCGCCCUCUUUCUUCCAUUUCAAACCAGCGGAGGCCUCAUUGAAGAGGAAGCUGCAUUAUCACAGCGCUGAUCGUGUGGCAUUAGUUUCAUCCGCUCUACCUGGAUGCACUGCCUGCAGGCAUGGUGGAAGCCCCAUAUACACCGAAGAUGUCCACGGGCCAAUGGAGACGUUCGUUUUGCCGCACGGCAUGUACUUAAGGCCAGAAGACGCUGGUAACUUGUAUACGACACUAUCGGCGAAUCCGAAUGUAUUUUUCCAACGGGCCGCUCAUCCAGGGAUGAUGUACUGA